UGGGGGUGACCGGGCUGGUGGGCAUGAGGGCUCAGCUGCCGUGUCGCUUCCAGCCGCGCACCCCGGGAGACAGACCCAAGUUGGUCCUCUGGUACAAGACCGGCGUCAGCAGACCACUUUUCAGCCACGACUCCCGGGUGCCGCAAGUGCAGGCUGACCUCACACAGGCUGGGGGGGACCUGGUGGUGGGUGUAAGCACCGCCACCCUCACCUACCACAACCUCACUACACGACACUCUGGCGUCUACGAGUGUCGUGUUGACUUCUACAGAUCACCGGCACACACCAGUCUCGUCAACCUUACCGUCGUGGAGCCGGUGAGGAAGGUGGAGAUCAUAGGGAGCGAGGCUGGGGUGACAGGCGGGAGUAGUCUGGGACCCUUCUACCCUGGACACACCCUCAACCUCACCUGUGUUUCUCACCAAGGAUGGCCGCCACCAGUGUUGACGUGGUGGCGGGGAGACAAAAUCCUCAAAAGCUCUCGAGAGGUGACAGCCCCUGGACGUGUGCAGAACGACCUGGUGAUAGAGAACAUCUCGCGCAGCUGGAACAACAACACCCUCACCUGCACCGCUAGCAACACGCGUCUGGCAGCACCCGCUAAAUCCUCCGUCCUCGUACAAAUGUUCUUGAUGCCGUCCAGCGUGAAGGUGGAGAACCCGGGACCAGUGGUGGAGGGUCGCCAGGCUGAACUGCGCUGCCAGGCCUCCGGAGCACAGCCCGCCCCAACACUCUCUUGGAGCAUCAAUGGCACAGCAUCCCCCGCCCGCCAGAGUACGGUGGAGGGAACUGUGGCGUGGUCCAGGCUGGUGGUGAACGUCACUCGUUCCCACAACGGCGUGAAUGUCACCUGCACCGCCACCAACCCCGCCCUCCACGGCCACCACCUCGCCAACACCACCAGUCUCAUCGUUUACUAUCCGCCUUCGGUGUCAAUCUCGCUGGGUCGCUCCCUGCAGCCGGAGUCACUGAAGGAAGGGGAUGACGUGUAUUUUACCUGCACAGUCUCCGCCAGCCCGCCCGCCUCUGCCAUCACUUGGUUCCAUCAAGGUCGUGUGAAGACGCACAACGUGAGCGAGGGUGUGGUGGUGAGCGGUGACUCCCUGGUGCUGCAGAGUGUGAGGCGGCAACAGGCGGGUCAGUACCGCUGUGGUGCCGCCAACCCGCUGGCCAGAGUCGUCAGUGCUCCAGUGCUUCUCAGGAUAAAAUUCGCUCAUUGGGCUGUUAAAGCCGGGACUCUUCUGAACCUUUAG